AAGGAGAGAGAGCAUUAUAGGCUUUAAGGGCUGAGAAAAUACCCGGAGCCUCUCUAGAGAUGAAGGGUCUUAUUCAUUCAACAGCCAGGACGCUGGUGUCACUAGAUCAAAGAGUAUGUGUGUAAAGGGAGUAAAGUGUAAAAAGACUAGAAAGGUACGAGUGGGCUAGGUAUAAGGGCUCUCAAAGCGAAACGGCAUUUUGUAUUUUUGGAGACAAUGGAGUUGACUGAGUGAAAGGCUAACCAAAUCGGACGGUGCUUUAGAAAAACGACUUUAGUAGCUUGAAUGGAAAAUUGACGGGAAUGGGGUGAGACUUGAGACAGGAAGAUAAAAGAGCAAGUGAAGGUAGCCUGUACUAGAGAUCCCAGAUCCCGGGGAUUCUAAAGUCUUUCUCACCUCAGGGCGGGGUUCGAGACACCGCCCCUAAAAGGAAAAAAACUACAUUCGUUCGAGACCACUCGGGGACGGAGUUUUAGGAGUCUUCAGGUUAGCCCCAAGACUCCAAGAAGUUUAUUUUGCGACAGAGGAGGGGCCACGGCCGUAAAGCGGCAGGCUCCGCGUCGCCCACGUGGGACCUUAGCGCUUUCUUCGCUCGUCCUUGGAAGCCCUUGGCUGCGGGCUGGCAUCCAUGGCGGGCCUUGUUUUAGGUGCCGGCAGCGGAUCCAAGGCUUUGGACCUUCUGCGCUCUCUGCCGCGCGUCAGCCUGGCCAACCUGAAACCCAAUCCCGGCUCCAAGAAACUGGAAAGACAAAGGAGAGGCCGGAGAAGAGGCAGAAAAUGUGGCCGAGGUCAUAAAGGAGAAAGGCAGAGAGGAACCAGACCUAGAUUAGGGUUCGAGGGAGGUCAAACUCCAUUUUAUCUUCGUAUCCCAAAGUAUGGAUUUAAUGAAGGACAUAGCUUUAGAAGACAAUACCAUCCUUUGAGUCUCAAUAGGCUACAGUACCUGAUUGAUUUAGGUCGAGUAGAUCCUACUCAACCAAUUGAUUUAACCCAACUUGUAAAUGGAAGAGGUGUGACAGUUCAGCCACUUAAAAGGGAUUAUGGUGUACAGCUGGUAGAAGAGGGUGCUGAUACCUUUAAGGCUAAAAUUAAUAUUGAAGUACAAAUGGCCUCAGAACUAGCCAUAGCUGCAAUUGAAAGAAAUGGAGGUGUUAUAACUACAGCAUUUUAUGAUCCAAGAAGCCUGGAGAUUCUCUGCAAACCUGUUCCGUUUUUCCUUCGUGGACAACCUAUUCCCAAGCGAAUGCUUCCACCUGAAGAAUUGGUGCCAUAUUAUACUGACGCCAGGAACCGUGGCUACCUGGCAGAUCCAGCCCAGUUUCCUGAAGCAAGACUUGAACUAGCCAAGAAAUAUGGUUACAUUUUACCUGAUAUCACUAAGGAUGAACUCUUCAAAAUGCUGAGUACUCGAAAGGACCCAAGGCAGAUUUUCUUUGGUCUUGCUCCAGGCUGGGUAGUAAAUAUGGCUGAAAAGAAAAUCCUGAAGCCCACAGAUGAAAACCUCCUUAAAUAUUAUAGCUCAUGAAUUCUAAAGAGAAAAAAAGAAGUCUCAAGAAUACUGAGAAAAUGAGCCUAGGAUGCUCACAGUUUCUUGUUUCAUUUUCCCGCUGUACUAUAGACUCAAAAUGUAUGGGGCUGACUUUUGGAUAAUGUAUUUUCUCUUUCUUAUUUUUUUUUUAGGUAAAAUCAAAAUAAAAUAUGAGAAACCAAAUUAAAUAAAACUUAUGUCUAUGACAUGAUGAAACAUGUACAAAUUCCCUUUGGAGAUCAGACAUGUGUCCUGAAUGCUUUUAAACAGUCAGAAGGAAUUAUUUAGUCUGAAAUUUUUCUGCAUGUCUCAUUUUGUCAUUUUCACCACUGCAUAUCAUGAAGUGUAUUUCUGUCAAGCGUCAUUGACUCAUAGCCUGAUUUAGCAGGGUUUAAGCAAUUGGAGGGGGAAUAAGCCUCUGUUAGCGUCUGAGAUGAAUUUCAAACUAUAAUGACUGUAGGUCAAAAUGUGAGUAUUUAGAAAAAUUCAGAUCAUUUUACUUUGUUAAUAAACAUUAGUGGGCACAGUA